CUCAGUGGACAGACUCAUCCUCACAUGGUUGGAGUGAGUGUGCUGUGUAGUUCUAAAAGACAUGAGACACAGGGGCAUGCAGGAUUACAGCCAGUACUUGGAGGAGACAUUACCUGUAUAAAAUACACAUGAAGUACACAUUCAAACCACUAAUGUUUGGAUACUUUAUGGAGGAACAGCAACGGACCUAGGAUUUACCUCUAAGGGAAAACUACUAGAGCUGAUCAGGACCAUGAGGUCAAAAAAUGAGGAUAUGGCUGUAUGGAAAUGCAUCUGAUCCACUGGUUCUGCCUCAGACGUUAAACCAUGGGAAACAUAGAGAGCCAAAAUGGAGACCACGCCUACUAUGGUGAGGGGCAGGGCCAACUCUCACGAAAGCAUAUGACCCGAUCACUUCGCAUCUCUAACAAGCAGUCUCGACGAUCACGUCACGCCUCAUCCAGCAAGGCUGAACACCGCAACUCUGAGACCAGCACAAAAUCCAGCAGCACCCCUUCCAUCCCACAAUCCCUGAGUGAAAAUGGCCUGGAACCUUUCAAUAAGAAGAAUGUUUUGGAGGGCUAUGGGGGCACCAUUUGGGUGGGGCAGAUGGCAAUGAACUUGUGGCCGAUGUCCUUCCACGACAACAUGGGGGAUUCAACCACCACGCCAGGUUCUGAAGAUGGAGUGGAAAUGGACACAGUGGUGGCAGACAGUUGUGAGGAUGAAGGACUUUUAACAGGUGAGGACACAUAUCUGCAGAGGACCAGAGAUGGACCUCGAGAAGGUGGCAGUUUCAAGAAGAAGCGCUCCAAAUCUGCUGAUAUGUGGAGAGAGGAUUCCAUGAAGUUUUCCCUGUCGGAUCUAAGCCAAGAGCACCUGACAAGCACAGAGGAGAUUAUAGGGACAAAUCAGAAUGAAAACAAAAGCUUCACUAACUGUGGAGGACGCCAUCGCACCUCCAGCCCACGGACACUCGAGUCUCACUCAGGAGAGAGAGCCAACUCUUUAGAUGAACUUUGCACACAGAGACUACCUCCUCUUCAUGGCUCCCACCAUCUCUAUAACGGUCACAAUUCUGAGAGGAUGGAGGGGGGCAUAAUGAACAAUGAGAUCUUGUCUCCUGCGGAGGAAGAAGGGAAUGGAUAUGGAGCAUACACUCUUCCUUGUCGUCGUUCUCACUGCCUGUCAGAAGGACUGUCCAAUCAUCAGACUACCAUCUGCUCACGUAUGCAGGGACGACGUGCACAAACAACGCAUGAUAUCACAGCCGGUGAGGGCAGCGAGUAUGGAGACAGCGGUAUUGAUGGUGGUGUAGCGGAAGUGGAGCAUUCCUCACGCCAUUGCAAGACCAUGUCUGCGUCCUUCUCCGUCUACUCUACUGCUAGCGGAAGCAUCUUUGUGGGAAGCGACAGUGGCAGUAGCAGCGGAGGUGGAGGAGACCGUGAACGUCUACCAGGUGGAGAUCUAGGUGUAUACGAGAACUUCCGUCAGGAGCUGGACUUGAACUCCCGACAGACGCGGGAAUGCCUCGAGGAGGCCAGUUCGGCUGCUAGUGAUGAGAGAAGCAGUGGAACACUAAGCUCCAUUUACCCCUCAGACAUUCUGCUUAGCAUGGUGCAGGGCACUGUGCGGAAGGCCGGCAUACUGGCUGUGAAAAACUUCCUGGUGCACAAAAAGAAGAGGGUGGAGCCAGCAGCAAAGAGGAAAUGGAAACAGUACUGGGUGUCACUCAAAGGAUGCACUUUGUUUUUCUACGAAACGGAUGGACGUUCAGGGAUUGACCACAACAGCAUCCACAAACAUGCAGUCUGGGUGGAGAACAGCAUUGUCCAGGCAGUCCCAGAACAUCCCAAGAAAGACUUUGUGUUUUGUCUGAGCAAUGCACUCGGAGAUGCCUUCCUCUUCCAGACAUCAGGACAAACGGAGCUGGAAAACUGGAUAACAGCCAUCCACUCAGCCUGUGCCGCGGCUGUUGCCCGUCUGCACCACCGCGAGGACACGGUGCGAUUGCUACGCUCUGAGAUCAAGAAGCUUGAACAAAAGAUUGACAUGGAUGAGAAAAUGAAGAAGAUGGGCGAAAUGCAGCUCUCUGCUGUCACUGAUGGGAAGAAGAGGAAGACUAUCCUAGAGCAGAUAUUCCUCUGGGAGCAGAAUUUGGAGCAGUUUCAUAUGGACUUGUUCCGGUAUCGCUGUUACCUCUCCAGCCUGCAGGGCGGCGAGCUUCCAAAUCCAAAACGCCUACUCGCUGUUGCUUCCCGCCCCACCAAACUGUCCAUGGGUCGUCUUGGCAUAUUUUCAGUAUCAUCCUUUCAUGCCCUGGUAGCAGCGAGGAUGGAUGGGGGAAUUCGGAGGCGUACCCAGGCCCUGUCUCGUUCCUCCAGUAAACGAAAGAGCCGUUUCUCCUCUCUGUGGGGUUUGGACACUACCUCAAAAAAGAAAACCAAAGGCAGACCCAGCAUCAACCAGGUGUUUGUAGACGGUGAAGUGUCGGUUAAGAGGAAUCUCGAGCACAUGUUUGAGGACACUGGAAAAGAGACACUGAAGGACCAAGAGGGUUUGGUGAAAAGUCUCACCCAACACAAGACGGACAGUGAAGUUUGGGUACCCAACUAUCUCACACCAUCCUGGGUCUCUUUACCUGAUGAUCGGCCUGUGUUGGCUAUCAUACAGCCGGGGGAGACGACCAUGGAGGCUCUGGAGGCGCUGUGCAGGGCUCACAGACUAGAACUUUCCAAGCACUAUAUACGGCUGAAGUUCCUCAUUGACAAUCAAGUGCAAUUGUACAUCCCCAAGCCUGAGGAGGACCUCUGUGACCUGCUCUACAAGGAAAUCGAAAUUUGUGCCAAGACAACCAAAGUCAUCCAGUUUGACAGGGAUGAGUCCUGUGCCAUAGGCUACGGUUUCUCAUUGGCAGUAGUAGAGGAGGACGGAGGCCAGCAGCUUCAUAUCACUGAUGUGAAAGCUGGAGGUCUGGCAUUUGCCAAAGGUCUGCAAGCAGGUGAUGAGAUUCUGAAACUGAACAGUAAGCUGGCGAGUGUGUUGGAGCUGGCUGAUAUGCAGGCUGCGUUUUCUUUGCCCUCUCUCACCCUGACUGUCAGCACGCUGUCCUCUACCGAUCCUCACCAGCUGUGCCUGAUGCCUCCCCGCCGGUCGGACGGGGCACAGGACGUCUGCACCGACAUCUUCUCCCAGAGUCAGGAGGACAUCCUGGAUGAAGGUCUUGGCCUGGUGCUGCACAGCCCUGAUGUCACAGGUGAGGACAGGGUAAACCUAAUGGCUGAGAGCCCUGCUGACAGCCUGGAGGAUGAAACGGACUCAGCACACAAGAGUACAGAGCAGGUGACUGCUUUCUGCCGCAGCCUUCAUGAUAUGAAUCCCACUGAGGAACCUGUUUCCUCUUCCUCGUUUUCCUCCACAUCUUCCUCCUCUUCUUCCUGUGUGCCCAGCCCCAUAUCACCUCUGCCUGUUCCCUUCAUCCCCCGCCAGCUCUCUGAUGCUGAUAAACUCCGUAAGGUCAUCAGUGAGCUGGUGGACACUGAGAGGACCUAUGUUAAGGAUCUGAACAUUUUGAUAGAGCGCUACCUAAAUCCCCUGCAGAAGGAGAGCUUCCUUUCACAGGAAGAACUAGAUGUGCUUUUUGGAAACUUGGCGGAGAUGGUCGAGUUCCAGGUGGAGUUUCUGAAAACUCUGGAAGAUGGAACCAGAUUAGUUCCAGAUUUAGACAAACUGGAGAGAGUGGAUCAAUUUAAGAAAGUUCUGUUUUCUCUUGGUGGAUCCUUCCUGUACUAUGCGGACCGUUUUAAGAUCUACAGUGCAUUUUGUGCCAGCCACACAAAGGUCCCAAAGGUCCUUACUAAAGCUAAAACAGACCUGGAGUUCAAGGCGUUUCUGGCUGAGAGGAACCCCAGGCAGCAGCACUCCUCCACGCUAGAGUCCUACCUGAUCAAGCCCAUUCAGAGAGUCUUAAAAUAUCCACUACUCCUGAGGGAGCUUCACUCUCUCACCGACCCUGACAGCGAGGAGCAUUACCACCUAGAUGUCGCAAUGAAAGCCAUGAACAAAGUGGCCAGUCACAUAAAUGAAAUGCAGAAGAUUCACGAGGAGUACGGAGCCGUGUUUGACCAACUCAUUAGUGAGCAGAGCUUUGACAAGAAAGAGGUGGCUGAUCUGUCAAUGGGUGACCUCUUGUUGCAUAACACUGUGGUCUGGAUCAAUCCAUCCUCUUCUCUCACGAAGGGGAAGAGAGACAUAGAGUUGGCUGCAUUCAUUUUCAGAACGGCAGUUGUUUUUGUGUAUAAAGACUGCUCCAAGCACAGGAAAAAAAUUGGUGGAUCUCACAGAGCAUCGAUUCUUGAUGAGAGAGACCCUUUUCGUUUUAGACACAUGAUCUCUACAGACGCUCUCCAAGUUCGCAACCUCCCUAAUUCAGAGGGGUCUGCAAUGUGUGAGAUAGUUCACAUGAGGUCAGAAUCUGAAGGGAGACCCGAGAGGACUUUCCACAUCUGCUGCAGCUCUCCAGAGAGUAAGAAAGACUUCCUGGAGACAGUUCAUUCUAUCCUGAGGGACAAACAACGCCGUCAGUUAAUGAAAACUGAGAGUUUACCUCCAAAUCAACAGUAUAUUCCCUUCGGAGGGAAGCGGCUUUGUGCGCUAAAGGGUUCACGACCCACAAUGAACAGAGCGGUUUCAGCCCCAUCUCGAACCCUUGGUCGCCGGAAGCUGAUCCGUAAUCGUUUCACCAUAGACACGAGUGUGGUUUUUGACGACGGCUUGUCCCAGGACCUGUCACCCAUCACCCCGACAGAGCCCACUCUGUCUUCACUCCAGAAUCCCCAGCAGCCCAUCCGAGACACAGAUCGCUGGCUGGAGGAUCAGUUUGACCUGCAGCACUACGAAAACCAGGACGACUUGAAGGAGACUGACAUUCUCAGCGACGACGAUGAGUACUGCCAAUCUGUCCGGGGCCCUUCCUCUGAUCCGAGUUUGGAGGAGUCUUUAGAGGCCCUUUCAGUGGAAGGAGAUGAAGACAAGGGUCUCAAUGGACUUUCGGAGGACAAACCUCCAAAAUCCCACGCUCCCCUGAACCUGACCCUCCUGAGAAAGCAGUGUGCGGUGGAGGGUGUCGCUUCUGAGAGGGACUGUGAGGUCAUCUGGGUUCGCAGGGACGAUUUUAAAAACAGCUGCAACAGCGACAUCUUCUGAGCGAAGAGGGUUAUGUGCAAGCUGUGACGUUUUGUUUUAUAGACUUGUGGGAGAGAAUAAGGCAUAAACCUACUGAGUCCAAGCCUGACAUGAUGCACUGACAAUCCUACUGAAAGCCAGAACUGAAGAACUUGCACCAUUUAAAAAAAAAAAAAAAAAAAAAAAAACCUUCUUGAAUCUUGAUAUUUCAAGCCACUCCACCCUAAUACCAAUGCAGACGUCCUGUCAUUUAAGUCCAGACAUCACAAGGAACAUUUAAAGAUGCCAACUGUACAGCCAGUGUAUUUAUAGAGGCUUCAUACUGACAGACAGGCAGCUAUAUGUUUCUUCAGUUGAUCUUGUUUUAUUUUUUGUUGUUGUUUUGUUUCAAACACAAGAUCGUGAUCGAUCUGUUCCGUUGUGCUUCAUAUAUACUCCUUUUUAUUCAGGGAUUUGAUGCUUUGUAUAACUUGCUAUUUCUUUGUAAUGUCUAAAUGCAGGUGAUUUUUGUCAAGCACAGCAGCGUUCCCCGAAAAUGUCACGACAGGCUAGCUGUUUAAUGCCAUUCCUGUUACAAACCCAACAGUUCCUCGCUUGCUGUCUUUGUUCCCUUUUGUUCAUAGGUCACCAGCAACCCAGUAUUAACAAUCACUGUUCACCGAACACGCGCGCACACACAGAGAAAUUAUGUCUUAUGUGAAUAUGGUAGAGAGAACUGCAAUAAUGUAAUUUUGUUUAUUGGUUAGGAAAUCAAACUACCCAUAAUCCUCGCUCAGAUGGCUUUGGUGUGCUUGUGAAUUCAACAGCCAGACAUUUAGGUGCAUAAAUAAGUAGGCUAAUUGUAUUCAAAGCACCCCUAUAAAAUGAUGUAGCAGAUUUUUCCUGUUCAUAAUGUAUUUGUCUCGGUGAGAAUGCGAUUUUUGAAGAGCUUGGGUCUUUUAUGAUAUUUUGUACAAUGGUAAAGAUGAAAACGCACACGUUACACCCUGCAUGUGUAUUUUAAAAUAAGAGAUGCCCUUUCACCAAAAACAAUCACUGCACCUUUAGCCAUGGAUCCCUUUUAGCGAAACUGGCUGUUUAAGACAAAAGUGUAAAAACUCCUUGCUUUUACCCUUUGCCUUUUUGAGACUCUGUAUGUUCAUACUGUGGAAAUAAUUAUUAGCCUAUAAUAAAUUUUCCUAAUUUAUAUUUGCAGUUUUAUCCAAAUAACUUUGUACUGUACGUGGUCUGUUCUUUGUCAACGGCAGGCAUUUGCCGUGUUUUAAAUAAAGUUUGGUGUGAUUUUU